AUGGACGAGAUCGCGGAAAUAAAGGCUACGCAAGAAAUAGAAAAGGUUGAAUUUUUGAGUGGACGUGAGCUGGACGAAGAACUCACUGAUAAUGCCUCUGCAAUACGCUCUUUACUUCCUUAUAAAGCGCUACUAGAAGCAUUUAAAGUGGUCUCGGAUAUCAAACAGCUUUCAAACCUUCUUGCAAUCGUAAAGACGUUGGUUAAACAAGUCGAAGCUCAACUUCCUUUGCUCGCUAUACGGAAAAAGAAAGUAGCCUUAACGCUUGAAAAGCUACUUACUCUCUCCGCGAUUGAUAGACUGGACCUCGGACGGUCUCUUGCCUAUAGUUGGAUGUAUUGGUUCGAUCUUAUCUGUUUGAUGGUCAAGAUACUGGAAACACCGGCAAUCGUUAAAGCUAUGCAUUUCGGUUUCGCGGAAUUUGUGGACGAAGCGACUGAAUAUUGGCAUUCUAUGUCUUGGGCUGCUUUACGAGCAGCUCUUGAAGCUUGGUCUCGGAAAUAUCUGGAUUGUUCGAUGGUACAACCGCUAUUGGAGAUUGAUGAGUUAAUCUUGAUAGAAGACGCUAUUAAUUGGGUACUGGAAACCGAUAUUAUCGAAGUUUUGCAUGAUUUCCAAGUCGAUUAUACAUUUGCUACGGGAAUAUCUUUUGUUCAGCCCUUGCCGUAUUCUUUUAAGCGCAUUCGCCGAAUCGUUAAUAGAGUUACGAAAAAGAUUCGUUCGAUUGUUUUAUCGAAUCCAAUCAGAGCUGAAUUAGAAUUUAAAGCUUACGGCAGGGAUUGGUUCGAGAACUCAAGCCUUGAUACUCUCUCUAUCCCGAUCUUUUGUUUUAUUGACGGGUUCGGUCUAUACCGAAAUAUGUACAGGAGCUUGAUCGCCGUUUACUUGAUUAUCGCUAGCUUGCUUCGAGAAGAACGAGCGAAUCGUGCUAAUAUACUACUUUUAACACUUUGCUCUUAUGGAAGCGACUUUGGCAGCGCUAUUACCAAUAUUAGCUCUAUGCUUUUACUGGAUAAGGGGAUUACAGUUUCCCGUGGAGAUCUAAUGUAUGAUGUGGUCUUUAACGGCAAAUACUAUCAUUAUUUUAUACAACUUCGAAAGCACGGCGAAGGCUUGGGCAAGACUGCGUACACUAAACAUUGUACCGAAUUCGGACUUGACGAAGAAUUAACACUAUUGGUUACUAUGACCUUUGCAUUAGAUCUGGUCAGAACUCGCCUUGCAGACCCUGCUUAUUUUGAAUUUGGAGGUCAAGCGAAACAAGCUCAGCUGCUUUUAAUCGAAGCUAUCUUAACACUAGAAGCUGCUAAGCUAUAUGCUGCUGAGCUUAGGAUCUUUCCAUUUCCUAAAGGAUGGGGCAGAUUACAAUCUCUUAUCAAACACUUGAAGUCUUGGAGGAUGGGUGAAGCUGGACGUUCUAUUAUCAUUACCACUUUGCUCUUAAGGUGCUGGUUAAAGAUCGAAUUUGAAUCUGAAGAUGAUGAGGAAGUGCCCGCAGAGUUCGAUGAUUCGCACGAAGUCCAAUCCGGAACUAAAGCUAGGAAAGCUGCAGAGUACAGAAGCUUUAAGUCCAGACUUAACGUGCAUCAAGCUUGUCAUAUGGUAGAUCUUUUCCGCUACGAGAUCAGCUAUGUACGAGUUGAUGCUGUUUUCGUCUAUGAGCUUUUGAAGGACAACAGAAGAGCAUUUCUCUUAGUAGCAGAUCUUAUCGAAUACCUAACGAAGGAUGAUAUCUUAAAGCUGCCUCGAUACGCUUUGAAUGGAAGAUGA